AUAUAUGCAUGAGACCUCGUAGAGAACUUUGACCUUGUCAGACAAGCACACAUAGCAGAGGAGGGACCAGCAUUAAUUAGGUGAACUCCUUUUGAAAGCUGUUAACUUUCAAGGGCUGAAAGGAGUUUAGUCCUCUGUACAGCUGUGGUCUCUCUGGCUCCCUGCAGUAGGCCCCAAUGCAUAAACACAAUCCUAAAUACAAGAAGUCAAAAUGUUAAGAUUGCUGGGCACGGAUGACUACGAGGUGGGUGCACGGAUCAAAGGCUUCAGCUCUCGCACCCUUUUCACCCUGGCACUGGGGGCUAUUGGAUUCCUUCUCUUGGGAUUCAUCAUAGGAUGGUUCUCACAUUCCAGUGGAGACUCCAAUCCCCCUCAAGCACCACAAAGCAUGAGAAAAGCAUUUUGGGAUGAAAUGAAGGCAGAUAAUAUCAGACAAUACCUCCACAACUUUACGCGGCUCCCUCACUUAGCCGGGACGGAGGCGAAUUUUCUUCUUGCCAAGCAAAUCCAAGCCCAGUGGAAGGAGUACGGGCUGGACAAAGUAGAACUGGCUCAUUACGACAUUCUCCUGUCAUAUCCAAAUGAAACAAACCCCAACUAUAUCUCCAUUAUCGAUGAGGAUGGAAAUGAGUUGUUCAAUACAUCUUUAUAUGAGCCCAUCCCCCCUGGAUAUGAAAAUGUUACGGAUGUUGUCCCCCCAUACAAUGCAUACUCAGCGCCUGGGAUACCUGAGGGAGAACUGGUCUAUGUUAAUUAUGCACGUACUGAAGACUUUCAUCUCCUAGAACGGGUUUUGAGCAUCAGUGUCCAAGACAAGAUUGUUAUUGCCAGAUAUGGAAAAAUCUUUAGAGGAAACAAAGUUAAUAAUGCAGAAAAGGCUGGAGCUAAAGGGAUAAUCCUGUACUCCGAUCCAGCUGAUUACUGUGCCCCUGGGGUAAAGCCCUAUCCUGACGGCUGGAACCUGCCAGGUGGUGGCGCACAACGUGGAAAUGUCCUGAACCUGAAUGGGGCAGGAGACCCUCUGACUCCAGGUUAUCCUGCUAAAGAAUACACCUACAGAUCUGAUGUAAAGGAUGGUGUGGGGCUUCCUAAAAUCCCUGUCCACCCUAUAGGCUACGACGACGCUGAGAUUUUAUUACGGAACAUGGGAGGAGCUGCUGCACCGAACAACACUUGGAAAGGAAGUCUAAAUGUGUCUUACAAUAUUGGUCCUGGGUUCAGUGAACAUUAUGCCACACAGAGGGUAAGAAUGCACAUCCAUACCUACAAAGAGAUAAGAAGAGUGUAUAACGUUAUCGGAACCAUCAUAGGCGCCUUGGAGACAGACAGGUAUGUCAUACUUGGUGGCCAUAGGGACUCCUGGGUAUUCGGAGGGAUUGACCCCCAAAGUGGAGCAGCUGUAGUGAACGAAAUUGUCAGAAGUGCAGGGAAGUUGAAAGUAAAAGGGUGGAGGCCGAGGAGAACGCUGCUGUUUGCCAGCUGGGACGCAGAAGAGUUCGGCCUGUUGGGCUCUACAGAAUGGGCUGAGGAAAAUGUUAAAACACUAGAGAAAAGAGCAGUUGCUUAUAUUAAUGCAGAUUCCUCUGUAGAAGGGAACUUUACUUUGAGAAUUGACUGCACACCAUUAAUGUAUCAACUGGUUUACAGUUUGACAAAAGAGAUUGCCAGCCCAGACGACGGUUAUGAAGGCAGAUCGCUCUAUGAAAGCUGGCACGAGAAAAAUAACUGGACAGAAUAUAAAGAUUCUCCAAGGAUAAACAAGCUGGGGUCAGGAAAUGACUUUGAAGUAUUUUUUCAGCGGCUCGGCAUCGCUUCCGGGAGAGCUCGCUACACUAAAAAUUGGAAAGAGGGAAGAUAUAGUGGCUAUCCAGUAUAUCACAGCGUCUAUGAGACUUCGGAGAUUGUCGAUCGAUUUUAUGACCCGUCCUAUAAGAAUCACCUGGCAGUAGCCAAAGUGCGGGGUGGACUCGUCUUUGAUUUGGCCGACUCCGUGGUCCUCCCCUUUGAUGCCCGAGACUAUGCUGACGCACUAAAGAAUUAUGCUACUAUAAUUUACAAUAUGGCACAGAAUACUCCGUCUCCAGUGAUGACUUAUAACGUCACAUUUGAACCGUUGUUUUCUGCUAUAGACAAUUUUACAAGCACAGCUAUAUCAUUUCACCAGCGGUUGAAAGACCUUGAUACGACAAACCUAAUAGCGGUGAGAUCCGUGAAUGAUCAGCUAAUGUAUCUGGAGAGAGCGUUCAUUGAUCCCCUGGGAUUACCUGGCCGUAAAUUCUACAGGCAUAUCAUCUUCGCGCCGAGCAGCCACAAUAAGUAUGCCGGAGAGUCUUUCCCCGGGAUCUAUGAUGCAUUAUUUGAUAUUGAGCACGCGGCUGACCAACCCGCUGCAUGGAACGAAGUAAAGAAACAAAUUUCAAUCGGCGCUUUCACCGUACAGGCUGCAGCACAGACGUUGGAGGAAGUGUCAUGACUAUAGUAUAUUGUACGUGUGUCGCACUCCGCUUAUCCACAAAUCUGUCUUCGUCGUUCAGUCUUUCUCCAGUGACAAGAUUCCUAGACCCAGAUUUAUCAAGCCUUGGAGAGUGGUAAAUAGCAGGGUGAUAAAUGAUCAGCCAAUCAGCUUCUAUCAUUUUUCAAACACAGCCUGUGACAUGGCAGUUAGUAGCUGAUUGGUUGGUACUAGUGCUCCCAAAAAGGAAUUCUUUUGUCUUUCCUUUCCCUAAAUAUUUGUGGUUGGUACUUUAUCACUGCUAUUUAUCACUCUCCAAGGUUUGAUAAAUGGGGGCCCUAAUCUUUAUGCUUCACUAACACGUUGGAUGGGGUGUGGAUCAUUGGAUCGACAGUGUCUAGGUCGACAAUAUUUAGGUCGACCACUAUAGGUCGACAGGGUCAGAAGGUCGACGUGUUCUAGGUCGACAGGUCAAAAGUUCGACACUAGUAUUUUAUGGGUUUUUUGUGUCGUUUUCUUCGUAGAGUGCCCGGGAACCCCAAUUAGUGCACCGUGUUCGCUCGCAUGGCUCGCCAUGCUUCGGGCAAGGUGCCUCGCUCUGCUAGGCACAGAUUACCGUUCCAAUCGUAGUCCUUGUGGAUCGUUAAGUAUGAAAAAGUUUUACAAUUUAUUUUUUUUAAACUCAUGUCGACCUUUUGACAUGUCGACCUAGAACAUGUCGACCAUCUAACCCUGUCGACCUAGUGACUGUCGACCUAUAGUGGUCGACCUAAACAUUGUCGAUGCACCUGUUAUAUUACGUAGUUAUUACAGCUUCACCCUUGAAAAUGUUGUAUAUGUAACCAGUACUUAAAGAGACUCUAACAAUGUUUUAUUAUUUUCCCUUCACAUUUGUCUAAUUUAAAUAUUAAUGGAUUACCGCAUAAAACAUUCUUGUAAUAGGAUUUUACUUCGUUUUGGUCACGGCCCUAUUAAAUGCUGCAUGCUUGCCUA